AGCCUAUUUUUAACUUCAAGGCCACGUUUACACCGCGGUCUUCUUCAUUCAAUCCGAGACAGCAGCAUGUCAGUGAAUUUGAGCUCCGUGUUAAUAUCAGACGAGAUUGACCAGAAAUGCGUCGAUGUUCUUCAGGAAAAUGGAAUUAAAGUGCUGAAAAAUACUAAACUCUCGAAGGAGGAGCUGCUAAAAGAAAUCCCUAAUCAUGAUGGUCUGAUUGUCCGUUCAGCUACCAAGGUGACAGCUGAUGUCAUCGCUGCUGGGAAAAGGCUGAAGAUUAUUGGACGCGCUGGCACAGGGGUGGACAACAUUGACUGUAAUGAGGCCACCAAAAGGGGAAUCAUUGUCAUGAACACACCUGGAGGAAAUACUCUAAGUGCAGCAGAACUGACGUGCACACUCAUCUGCUGUGUUGCCAGAAAUAUACAUAAUGGUGAUCAAGCAAUGAAGGCAAAGAAAUGGUCUGAAAGGAAGGCCUUGAUGGGAUGUGAGCUUCAUGGAAAGACACUAGGAAUUGUGGGAUUGGGGCGUAUUGGGAAAGAGGUGGCACUCAGAAUGCAGUCAUUUGGCAUGAAGACCAUUGGAUUUGACCCUAUCAUUCCCGCAGAGGUCAGUGCUAAGUUUGGAGUCCAGUCCAUGCCUUUGGAGGAUUUAUGGCCCCUGGUGGAUUUCAUUACUGUGCACACACCUCUUAUCCGACAAACAAGAAACUUAAUUAAUGAUGAAGUGUUUGUAAGGUGUAAGAAGGGAGUGAGAGUUAUAAAUGUUGCCCGAGGAGGCAUUAUUGAUGAGGAAGCCCUCCUGAGGGCCCUAGAGUCGGGGCAGUGUGGAGGGGCAGGGCUGGACGUGUUCACUUCUGAACCCCCUAAAGAUUUUACAUUAGCACAACACCCUAAAGUGGUUGCCACACCCCAUCUGGGGGCCAGCACUUCAGAGGCUCAAAAGAGGGUAGCCAUAGAAAUAGCACUACAGUUUGUAGAUCUUGUCAAAGGGAAACAACUCUUUGGUGCAAUAAAUGCAAAUGCCAUGACAGAUGCUUUAUCUGAAGAGUCAAGAGCAUGGGUGACCUUAGGUCAAAGGUUAGGUCAACUGGCAGGUCAUGUUGGGGGUCAAGCCACAGGAAAUAUUAAAGUCACUGCAUUAGGUUCUUCUCUAAAACAGUCUGGCUCUUACCUCGGUGCAGCUGUACUAGCUGGGUACCUGACAACAAAACAACAACCCGGGGGUGAUGGUGUAACAUUAAAUCUGAUCAACGCUCCAGCAAUGGCCAAAGAACAAAAUCUACAGGUUGAGUUCUUACAAGCAGACCACUGUCCUGGAACAUACUCUGCCAUGGUAACCAUCGGACUUAGUGACGGUUUUCAGGCGUCAGGGACAACUUGUAAUGGAGGGGCUGUUUUGUUGGCUGUGCAGGGAAAAUCAUUCCCCGCCCCCGCUUGUUUGUCAGGGAAUGUGGUGGUGUUCUCUGCAGCAGAAAGCACCAAACUAAUGGCAGAUAUAUCAGGAGCUGUUGCUGAAGAGUCUUUGACCAGUUUAACCCUAAAAAGCUAG